CAGGAAAUUGUUAUUUACUUCAACUGUGGAACCAGAAUUUCAGGUCAUCACUUAAGUUACAGAACUCACAAGAAAUGUGAAAAGCUCAGUCAUGCAUAAUCAGAAAAGUAGUGUAUACUGAAAAGCAUUACCAGUUAUGUCCAUCUGAUUCUUAAUUCAGAAGAACUCUUCAGUGGGUCCUAUUGAAUGAAACUGUUUCCAGCCCAUUGAAAGCACCACAAGCAUAGACAGGUGUGAAGUGUCUUUGGGAGGAUUGUGCUCCAAGCUUCAAAGAACUCCAAUGUGUACUUGCUGUCUAAGUACUGAAAGGUUCCACUUCUGAUGUCCCCAUCCUUAAACACAAUCAGGUGCGGCCAUGGUUCUCAUUUCCCUCGUAGAAAUUGGUUGUUUGACAUAAAUGAUAUUCGUUGCUGUUUUCUUUUCAAUUACUUUCCAGUUUCUCUUUAAUUAGGUUCCUUGAAAGCUUUAUAAGAUCAGCCAUUUUUUUUAAUAUUUUGGAAAGAGAAGUUUGGUAGAGAAAGUGAAGUGUGCUAAGCAGAGUAUGGUUGAAAUUGGAAUUGAGGAUAUGUUCCCUGUGUUCCUUCACUUCAGACUUUCAGAUAUUAUUAUUCUCUCCUCUUGAUUGCUAAUGCUUCCUUUUGAAAAAAGUAGAAUGGAAAGCAAAAUAUUCCUCGGAUGUAGACAGUUGAGGUCACCUUAACCUUUAUAAAAUGGAGCUCAUAUGACUCUCCUACCAGUAUCAGUGCAAGCACACAAGAAAAAUCUCUUCAAGAGAUGGCCAGUUCCAUUCAAGUCUCUGGGAGUAAUGAGUUAUGUUGUCAAUAUCUUCAUUCUUGUUUCUCUGGGAAUGGUGCAACUGACAAGAAAAAGCUCGUGGAGAUCCUUACAACUAGGAAGUUGCAAGAGCUUAGGCUUAUUCGUCAAACUUAUAAUGCCCUCUACAACCAGGAUGUUCUACACAUCCUCUCUAAUGCUCAAAGAAACAGCCCAUUUGCUAGGGUGGUGUAUCUUCGGAUGAGUGAUCCACAAGCUCGUGAUGCCGAGAUUGUGAGGUCUGUACUUUUUGGGAGGAAUGUGGACAUCAACACUCUUAUUGAGAUGGUUUGCGCUUGUCCUUCCUUAGAGCUUCAGUCUAUCAAGCAAGCAUAUCGCUCUCUAUACAAUUCUGAUAUUGAACAGGAUACUUCCCUUAAAAUCAAGGGUGGCUUUAAAGAGAUUCUGUUGGCAGUAUUGAAGUCAAGUCGCCAUUACAGUAGCAAAGUUGACAUGAGCAUGGCCAUGUGUGAUGCCAAGACACUUUAUGAAGCAAUGGAGAGUGGUAAAUACCUUGAUCAGAAGAUCAUGAUAUCCCUUCUAAGCCAAAGAAGCACUUACCAACUUAAGGCCAUUCUUAUCUCCUACAAACAACUCUAUGGCCAUGAGUUCUCAAAGUCUCUUAAGCGAAAUAAGUGUGGACAAUUCGGAAAGGACCUUUCAGUUGUUAUCAAAUGCAUCCAAUAUCCUGUGAAGUACUUCGUAAAGCAACUACGAAGAACACUGCAAAAUGGUGAUUGCAGAGAAAUUCUUGUUCGAAUAGUCAUUACACGAGCUGGGGUUGACAUUAAGGAAAUCAACAAUGCUUUUGCUGUCAAAACAGGUUGGUCAAUAGAGAGCCUCAUAAGAAAUAUGUGUAACAAUACCACUGAUAAGGCCUUUGGCUACAUUGCUGAGUUUUUAGUUGGACUUCUUAAAUAUCACUGACAAAAUCUCUAUCUAUGCAUAUAUAAACUUAUAUUUGUAAGUUGACAGUUUCAGUGAUAAAUAAAAUA